CGCGAUCCCGAGUCUUGCGUCCCUCAUGGGGUGUGGCUCGAGGAGAGAGUAAAGAGAGGAGUGAAGAAGGUUUUGAAAUUGCAAUUGGCAGUCCAAAAGGGGGAGGAAGAAUUGAAGUGGAGUCUGCCAACUCCCAAGCGAUAAGGGUUUGUGUUGGAUUGGAUUGGAUGGAUCAAGUUUCUCUGAACAGCGAGCCCGUAGCAGAUGAGGAAGGCGAUGGUGACGGAUUUGAGUGGCAAAGUGAAAUUGUGAAUCAAAAUGGGACCAUUCAACCACACAACCCUCUUCCUCCUGCUGUUGGAAUGGAAUUCGAGACUUACGAGGAUGUUUAUUACUUCUAUAAUUGCUAUGCCAAGGAACAUGGUUUUGGGGUUAGGGUAACAAACACUUGGUAUCGUAAGAGUAAGGAACGUUACAGAGCAAAACUUAGCUGCAGUAGUGCAGGCUUCAAGAAAAGAAGUGAGGCUAAUCGUCCCAGACCCGAAACUAGAACUGGUUGUCCUGCUAUGAUCAAGUUUAGGUUGAUGGAUUCCAAAAGGUGGAGAAUUAUAGAAGUUGAGCUUGACCACAACCACCUGAUUAACCCAACCACUGCAAAGUUUUAUAAGUCCCAUAAGCACGUUGCCCUUGGGACCAAAAGAACCUUGCAGUUAGAUGCUGCUCAACAGGUUCACAAAAUUAGGAUGUUUCGAACCGUCAUAGUUGAUGCUGAGGAUACUGCAAGUCUAGAUGUUGAUCAGGGGAAGUCCCAUGACAGCAUCUACUCCAAUCAGUUGAGGCUAAAGCACGGUGAUGCCGAAGCGAUUCUGAAUUUUUUUAGUGACCUGCAAUUGGCAGAUCCAGACUUCUUCUAUGUGGUGGAUAUCAAUGAGAGGGGAUGUUUGAGGAAUUUGUUCUGGGUUGAUGCCAAGUCCAGAGUGGCAUACAGUUAUUUUAGUGAUGUUCUUGCAAUUGAUACCACGUGUUUGACAGGCAAAUAUCAAGUUCCUCUGGUUAUGUUCCUUGGGUUAAACCACCAUAAACAAUCCAUUUUGUUUGGUUGUGGAUUGCUUGCUGGUGUUACCAUUGAAUCGUAUACGUGGCUGUUCAGGGCUUGGCUUACUAGUAUCUUAGGACGCCCCCCUCAAGUUAUAAUUACUGACCAAUGUGGAAUCUUGCAAACUGCAGUUGUUGAUGUCUUUCCAAGAGCUACACACUGCCUUUGCUUAUUUAAUAUUAUGCAAAAAAUCCCCGAAAAACUGGGAGCAUUGACGGAAUAUGAAGCAAUCAAUGCAGCUUUGAACAGAGCAGUUUAUUUCUCACUGAGGGCUGAGGAAUUUGAAGCAACUUGGGAGGACAUGAUGAAAAGCUAUGAAAUGAGAGGCCAUAAAUGGCUCCAAUCAUUACACGAGGACCGGAAACGGUGGGUUCCAGUUUAUCUGAAGGAAAUUUUCUUGGCAGGAAUGUUUCCAAUUCAACCAACUGACGUUGUGUCAUUUUUCUUUGAUGGGUACCUCGAUGAAAAAACAUCUCUACAAGAUUUUCUUGAAAAAUAUGACCAGGCUUUACGGACAAAACGACAACUUGAGGCUUUGGCAGAUUUGGACUCAAAAUCUUCUAGCUUUAUGCCAAAAUCAAGGUCUUACUUUGAGUUGCAUAUUUCAAAGUUAUACACCAAUGAAAUAUUAAGAAUAUUUGAAAGGGAAGUGGAAGGGAUGUAUUCUUGCUUUAGCUCCAGACAGAUAAAUGUUGAUGGGCCAGUCAUCACAUAUGUUGUCCAGGAGCAAGUUCGAGUUGAGGGAAGUCAGAGAGAUGCAAGAGAUUAUGAAGUGUACUAUAAUGAAGCUGAAAUGGAUGUCCUUUGCAUUUGUGGUUUGUUCAAUUUCAAAGGUUACCUGUGUAGGCAUGCUUUAUUUAUCUUAAGCCAAAAUGGGAUAAAAGAGAUCCCACAUCAGUACAUUCUGUCAAGAUGGAGAAAAGAUAUAAAGCGUAGCAAUGUUUAUGAUCACAAUUGUAGUGGCGUUGAUAUUAGUAACCCAGUUCAUAGGUAUGACCAUUUAUAUAGACAGAUUGUUAAGGUUGUAGAGGAAGGUAAGAAAUCACAUGAUCAUUACAGGACUGCAGUACAAGCAUUGGAGAAUGUAUUGAACAAGCUUCAUCUUGUAAACGUAGAGGAUCCCAAUAUAGUGUACAAGAAUUGAUGUCCGUAUGACAGGCACCUUGUAUAUGUGAGAAUUUCCCCCCUUG